AUGAUCACACGCUCCAGGAGCAAAAGAUACCAGACCGAGGACGGGUGUCCAGUAUCGAGCCAGGAUACCCUGGAGUUGGGGUCAGCUGACAGACUAACCGUGGAAAUACAAACACCCGGGAGAGGCCAGCGUGAACGGCGUGGAGCACACAGCCGGGGCGACCCUACAGGAACGUCGUCCGCUUGUGUCACUCCGCAGCAAACAAUAAAAGUUCUUGCGCUGGAAUCGCCUGGACUCCCGUCUGUAGAGUUCGGACUGGGUGUUCAUUCGGGUCCGACCUGUGCCGGCGGCGUUGAGUCGGUGCCCUUGACGGCGCGGGCGGCACGCGAGCUCCGUCGACUAGGAUUUGAUGUGCCGAGCCCGCUUCCGUCUCGAACAUCAAAAGGCACGCCACAUGUUCGUGCAACGAAGGCGUGCCACAUGGACUCGGAGCUGACACCGGCUUCACUCCAGAAGCCGAUAGCCACCGCGAUGCCGGCUGUUACCUUGGACACACCUGACAGCGCUCGCUCGCUUUGCGCAGAGCGAAGUUCGGAGAACGCAGGUACAAGUGCGGCGUGUACUGGGGCUGCAUCAGAGAGAAUCACGGAACUGGAAAGGAAACUUUGGCAAGCAGCGAAACGGAACGACGAACAACGCUCUCCGCUGUGUACUCGGUAUGCAGGGUGCCCAUCUGACGAUAUCGAGAAGCUGGAAAAGCCUCGAAUCGGUGCAUCGAGCGUGGUAGUUGCGAUGAAUGCGCAAGAAAGUCACGAGGCGACCGAGGAGACGCAUUCAGUGCAGCCGGCUCGCAGCGUAUCUUCGCACGACGCCUUCGAAGAUGAUGCGGCUCUUGCGAGGCCUGCUCAGGAAAACGAACCCUCAAGAUCUGAGGCAAGAGAGCCCGAUGCUCGCCACCAGCGCCAGGGAUCACCACAACAGAAUAAGACCAAAAUAAGCGCGGGGCGGAUUUCCGUUAACGGUGGUGCCUGUAAUUCUCCAAACGUUAGCGAGUUUACGCAUGUCUGCCCGCCGUCUGUAUCGCCACUCAAGUCCGGCAUCGCGGACAGUACACAGCGUUCUCGAUCGAAGCGUGUGCGGAAAAUGAACGGCCUCCGCCAAGAGAGCGCUUUCGCAUGUGGCAAGUCUCCUGGAACUUCGAUCACGUUGGUGCUACACCACCAGUUCCGUGCUAGCGCGUAUGCUCCGUGGCGCCUUCGUUGGAGGCGACGUUUCGGUAGGCGUCGUCGCUACCACGGUCGCUGGCUCAUUGUCUACUGA